AUGUCAACAAUUGGAAGUUUUGAAGGUUUCCAGCCCGUAUCACUGAAGUCAGAAGGAGAUGACCAAUCCUCCGAGAUGGAUCAUCUGUCUACAGAGGAGGUGGACUCAGGCAAGGACUGCACACCAACAAAGAUUUCAAGACAGCUAAGUGUGACUGAAUCAACACUCUACCCCAAUCCUUACCACAAGUCUUAUGUGUCACGGAAGUACUUUGUUGCACGGCCAGGGGCCAUUGAGACUGCCGUGGAAGAUCUGAAAGACCACAUAACACAGACUUCUGGAGAGACCGUUCAAGGCUUCUGGCUCUUAACUGAGAUAGACCAUUGGAACAAUGAGAAAGAGAGGAUUGUGCUGGUCACAGAUAAGACUCUCCUGAUCUGCAAAUAUGACUUCAUCAUGCUUAGCUGUGUGCAGCUCCAGCGGAUCCCAUUGCAUGCUGUGUGUCGCAUUUGCCUGGGCAAAUUUACCUUCCCUGGGAUGUCACUGGACAAGAGACAAGGAGAAGGCCUUAGGAUCUACUGGGGGAAUGUGGAUGAGCAAUCCCUAUUGUCUCGCUGGAACCCUUGGUCGACUGAGGUUCCUUAUGCUACUUUUGCUGAGCACCCAAUAAAAUACAGCAGUGAGAAGUUUCUAGAGAUCUGUAAGUUGUCUGCAUUCACAUCUAAACUUGUUCCAGCUAUCCAGGAUGCCCACAAGAAUUCCACACACUCUGGAAGGAAAAAGGAACUUAUGGUGUUAACUGCACCCAUUUUGAUUGAGACCUACACUGGGCUGAUGUCAUUCAUUGGAAAUCGCAAUAAGCUUGGUUAUUCCCUUGCCCGUGGGAGUGUUGGUUUUUGA